GGUUGGAGCUUGCGCAAUUUGUUUUCCACGGCCCUAGCUGCUGGCAGUGGCUGUAUGCUGUUUGUUGUGUUUACAUUAAGGAAGAGAAAGAAAGAAUUUCCCAAGUUAUUGUAACACCGUGGCUGUCGCAUGAGGUUACUGGGUGAGCCCCUCCCUGCCAUGAGAGCGGACCACCAGGUCACCAGCCCCCCCUCCUUCUGCAGUUGAUGGAUCUGCAGCUGGUGCAGAGAUGACAGACAGCGUCAGGGCUUUCCUCCGCGAUGUUGCGACGGGGAUCAAGGACUCCAUAUUGGGGAUUGGAACAAUCUCCAAGCUGGAUGCUCGUAUCCAGCAGAAAAGGGAAGAGCAGCGGAGGAGAAGGGCCAGUGGGGCCCUGGCACAGAGACGGGCACAGAGUGAGGAGCGCAAACCGGACAAUGAACCCAAAGUAGCCAGCAGGAUUUUUCAAUGCUGUGCCUGGAAUGGAGGAGUGUUCUGGCUUAGUCUGUUUCUCUUUUACCGGGUGUUUAUUCCACUCCUGCAGGCUCUCACGGCAAAAAUCAUUGGUGACCCCUCCCUCCAUGGCAGUGUGUGGUCCUGGUUAGAGUUCAUCCUGACGUCCGUCUUCAGUGCUCUCUGGGUCCUCCCCUUGUUUGUCCUCAGCAAGAUCGUCAAUGCCAUCUGGUUCCAGGACAUAGCUGACCUUGCAUUUGAAGUGUCUGGCUGUAAAGCUCAGCCAUUCCCCAGCGUCAGUAAGAUCAUCGCAGACAUGCUUUUUAACCUCCUCCUCCAGGCGCUCUUCCUCAUUCAGGGUAUGAUCGUUAGUCUCUUCCCCAUCGAUGCCAUUGGACAGAUGGUUAGCCUCCUCCACAUGUCUCUGCUCUACUCCCUGUACUGCUUUGAGUAUCGCUGGUUCAACCAUGAUCUGGAAUCUUCUGCUCUGUUUUUAAUGGUUUUUAAAUGUUAUCUUUGUUUCCUAUGCAGCGGUUGCUUGUUCUCCAUCCUUUUCCCUCUGUUCAUCAUCAGUGCUAAUGAGGCAAAGACACCAACCAAGCUGUACCACUUCCAACUGCGUCUCUUCUCCCUGGUCGUGCUGAUCAGCAACAAGCUUUUCCACAAGACUGUCCACCUGCAGUCGUCACUGACGUCAUCUGCCUCCACAGAGAGGCUGUCAACACCUCACACCUCCCCGACCCGCCAGAGGCUGCUGCCCACCCAGUGAAGGAGAUAGGAUAGUCACCAACAAGCGGUUU